AUGGGUUCGUUCCUAUCCGUCGCCGUGCUGGUUUUGUUCAAACUUAUCUCUUGCACCGCUGCAGUCGGUCAUAUACGAGUUGAUGGAGGUCCGUUAUUCAACAAUUCCAAGUAUGUCGAGCAUCUCGAUAGUAGCAACUUUGGUGCCAUGGUGAACGAUACGCAAGUGAUUUGGCUCGUGGACUUUUACUCGCCCUGGUGCCCCCACUGUCAGCACUUUGCACCGAUAUGGGACGAAGUCUCCACUCUAUACAAGGACGUGAGCUCCAUAGUCUUUGGGGCUGUAGAUUGCUCGAAACAGAACCAAAUCUGCGACAAUGAGGGCGUGCACUCGUACCCAGGUGUAAAGAUGUACCACGUGUCCCCCGAUGUUGAGGCACCUAUUGUGAUGCCCCCUGAAGAGCUCCAGUUGGCCAAGUACAUUGUAGUCUGGAUCGAGCAGACUCUGGAAGUAAAUGGUGUGCUGUCGCUGCUUGACACGCACGCCGUGUAUCCCGAGGUCACUCGUCCGAGUGAGCUGAAGAAAACCUUUGGAGAUCCAGUGGAACCUUUGAACGACGAUCGGUCGCUGGACAUGAAACUUAAGAGAUUGAAGGAUGCAGGAACCACUGCUUUGUUUACUUUUGAGGACGGAUUUUUCAUGGGUACGACGGUACUUGAAGGAGAGCGGUACGAUGCGGCUGUAACGUGGGUCCGAGCACUUGCUGCUACUUUUCCUCGAAAGGAAAACCGUGACGCACUUACGGUUCUUGUAGAGGAGAUGAAGCGGCGCGAGAAAUGGACGCAAGCAGAAUGGAGUGAACUCAUCGACAAGUGGAAAGCUACUGCCAAUGCAAUGAGCUCCCCGGCACACUUGUUUCGUGAUAAAGAUGACUUGGCUUUGUGUACAACGGCUACGUGCGGGCUCUGGACAUUGUUUCACACUAUCACACUAAGUGAUGCCUAUUCAACAUCGAGACCCGAGCAGUGGAAGCCCAGUGAGGUCAUGUCAGCUGUCCGUCUUGUGGUAAAGCACUUUUUUGGCUGCGAUGAAUGCAAGCGGCAUUUCCUCAAGGUAAACACAAACAGCUUGAUGCGAAAAUUGGCGCUUCGAGAUGAAGAUGGGCCGGACGCAGUCGCGUUUUGGAUGUGGACGAUUCACAAUAUAGUGAAUGAAAUCACUGGCAAGCCCAUGUGGCCAACGCAGCUCUCCUGUCCUCAGUGCUACGCUGCCGGCAAUAUGUCUCUGACUCUGAACCCCGCACAGCUGAAUGAAGAAGAUAUUGUUGCCUACGUGAGAGAUAUCUACGAGUUCGAGGACAAGUUGAUACUGGAGCAAAGGAGUCACGUAGCCGCGCCGUGGUUACCACUGCGAUCGAUAGCCAUAGCCGCUCUGCUUAUUGUAGUAUUUGCCACGGUAUUUCAGCUGUGCAAGCAUCGCUUGUUCAAGUCGCACUUCAAGACGCGCGACCACAUUGCAUAG